GAAUCUCCUGUUUCGCGCGUUUUGAAAAGCGGUGAUCUUAAAGUGUCUUUUUGAUUGAAUUGAGUUAUUAUCAAUUCAAGAGGAUUUCACGUUAUCUGCGAACAUGUGGAUACAAGUGAGAUCGAUGGAUGGAAAGACUUCGUGUCGCAUAGAUGACCUUUCGAAACUGACAAAAGUCGAAGAAUUGCGAAAAUUAUUAGUUGAAAAAUUUAACGCUCCUGCUAUUCAACAGAGACUGUUUUACAGGGGAAAACAGCUUGAAGAUGGGCACACAUUAUUUGAUUAUGAUGUAGGUCUAAAUGAUAUAAUUCAAAUUUUGGUCAGGCAACCAGAUCCCACUAAAGAACAGACCACUAUGUCUCCUAAAACAUCUAACAGUACAGUAAAUAAGAUAGUUGAUAAAGAAAAUGAACCUUUGGAAAUAGGCAAAUCUUCACCUGUUUGUGAUUCUAGUAACUGCACAAGCAAAUAUUUUAAAGUUGGAGAUCUUGUUGAUGCUAAGGAUCUUACUUACGGUGCAUGGUUUGAAGCAAAAAUUGUUGCUAUUAAAUCAGUUACAAUGAGUGAGAAACAGAUACUUCAGUCUGUUCAAAAGAAUAAUCAGAUUGUUACAGAUGAUCAAGAUGCUGCUCAGGAAAGCAAAGCAGAAGUGGAUGAUCUAAUUUAUCGUGUUGUAUAUGAAGAUUAUGAAGAUUGUGAAGAUCCUGUGGAUCUGACAUUGUCAUUCAUACGUCCAAGAGCCAGAAAAUAUGUAAAAUUUGAUGAUGUAAAAGUAGGAGACUGGCUUAUGGUUAAUUACAAUAUUGAAGAACCCAAAGAAACUGGUUUUUGGUAUGAUUGUAUGGUCACCAGUAAAAGAAGUACUAGAACAAUUAAAGAACUUGUUGGCACUAUAAUCAUGGGCCCUGAUCAAAUUAAACUAGAAGACUGCAAAAUUCGAGCAACUGAUGAAAUUUUUGCUAUUGAAAAGAAUACAGUUAUGGUUGAAGAAAAUAGAGUUGAAAAAGAGGACAUACCUUUAAGGAAAAAACUGCCAGCAUGCUCACACUGUAAAGAUAUUCCCUCAAAGAAAUGUAAAAUUUGCAGCUGCCAUAUAUGUGGUGGUAAAGAUUCACCCGAGAAGCAAAUUAUGUGUGAUGAGUGCGAUCUUCCUUAUCAUAUGUGGUGUUUACAACCUCCCCUGCUUGAACUACCUGAUGCUGAUGAAUGGUACUGUCCUGAAUGUAAAAAUGAUGAAACUGAAGUUGUUCGAGCAGGAGAAAAAUUGAAAGCUAGUAAGAAGAAAUCAAAAAUGGCUUCUGCAACAAGUUCAACAUCCCGAGAUUGGGGUAAAGGCAUGGCUUGUGUUGGCAGAACAAAAGAAUGUACCAUUGUCCCACCAAACCACUUUGGCCCUAUACCUGGAGUUGAAGUUGGGACAAUGUGGAAAUUUCGUGUGCAGGUUUCAGAAAGUGGUGUUCAUCGACCUCAUGUUGCAGGCAUACAUGGAAGGGAGAGCGAUGGUGCAUAUUCUAUUGUACUGUCUGGAGGAUAUGAAGAUGAUCUGGAUGAUGGCGAAGAAUUUAAGUAUACAGGAAGUGGAGGCAGGGAUUUAUCUGGAAAUAAACGUUGUGCUGAGCAGUCAUGUGAUCAAACACUCACUCGAAUGAACAAAGCUCUUGCAAUAAAUUGUAAUGCACCCUUGAGUAAGGAUGGUGCAGAAUCAAAGAAGUGGAAGGAGGGAAAACCCGUGAGAGUUGUUAGAAACUGCAAAGGGCGAAAGCAUUCAAAAUAUUGCCCAGAAGAGGGUAAUCGCUAUGAUGGCAUUUAUAAGGUAGUGAAGUAUUGGCCAGAGAAAGGAAAAUCUGGAUAUCUAGUUUGGAGGUAUUUAUUAAGACGGGACGACCCAAUUCCAGCACCUUGGACUAAAGCUGGGGAAAAGCGAAUCGAAGAAUUAGGUUUGACUAUGCAGUAUCCAGAUGGUUAUCUUGAGUCUUUAGAAGAGAAAGCCUCAAAUGAUACUGAAAAGAAAAAAAAUAAAAGAAAGUCUAAUGGUGAAACUUCUGAACCAAAGAAAAAGCAGAAAAUUCUUUAUCAGGUACCAGACGAAGUGCAAGAAUUAAUUCAAGAAGAUAGUGCAAAUGAAAAGAUAUGGCAAGAAUGUUUAGAGAAUGUAACUGAAGGGUCACAGAAAUUUUUGAAAAGUGUGGAAGAUGCUUUCUUGUGUAUAUGUUGCCAAGAAUUAGUUUUUAAACCUGUAACUACUGCAUGUUCUCAUAAUAUAUGUAAAUCUUGUCUCGAACGAUCUUUUAAAGCUGAAGUUUUUAACUGUCCGAUGUGUCGACAAGAACUUGAAAGAGACUCUGCAAUUAAAGUAAAUAAAGGUCUACAAAAAAUACUUCUCUCUUUGUUUCCUGGUUAUGGCGCUGGUCGUUAAUUAGGAAAAGCUGCAUGGAAUGAAUUGAAAUUUUAAAAUAUUGAUUUUAAUGUAAUUUUUAUUUACAAGGCAUUUUUACAGUCUGAAUUAUUUUUGCAUGUGUAUAAAGAAUAUUUUAUAACAGUAUUAUAAGAACAAAUAAAAAAUAUGUAUACAAA